GUAGAUUUGGUUGUGACUUUGUGAGACAUAAGUAGUACAAAUUGGGGCUGUUCCUGUUUCAUUCUUUCUUUGUUGUAAUCACACACCUGCUUCUGAGUUAUCUAUCUGUCUAGUGACCUUCUCUUUUCCUCUUAUACUACAGUCUUUACUCUGAUUGUACCUCUCACUGUCCCUACUGCUACCAUAUACAUACGCAUCUACACAUAUCAUCAUCCAAAAGGAUAAAAUAAUCGCCAAAAUGCAAUUCACCAAAUCCACUCUCCUCACUCUCCUCCCCCUCCUCCCUCUCACCACCGCCGCCGACGUCUCAACCGUCUCCCUUUUCACCUACCACGCAGCGACUACCGCAGGGGCCGGCAUCCCCGAAUUCUCCCUCUCCAGCAUCCCUCUCGGCGCCUCCAUCAUCAGCGCCAACCCCACAGCCACCACCAUGGCCGUCUCAUGCCUCAACGACGAUAACUGCAUCCUGCCCAGCCCCAUCACCGUCACCGCAGGUCCCUCCACAUACACUCUGUCCGCUGUGUACAGCACCAGCAUGGAGGGCGUGCAGGAGGUGCUCACCAUCGUCGAGGACUGCAAGAUCACGGGCGUGACGCAGGGCGCGUCCUGCAGUGUGAGCUAUGGAGUCGAGGCGACGUACAAGGGCGUUAGCACGAGUACGGCGAGCAAUACGCAGAUGAGUAUCGCCAGUGCGGAGAUUGGGUAUGAGACUGUUAGUGUCACUGGGGGUGCUGACAAAUUGAGUGGUGCGACUGCUACUGGAACUGCUACUGGAAGUGCUAGUGGAAGUACCGAGACGGGUAUGGCUGGACGCAAUGCUGUCGGGGCUGGGGCUUUGGCUAUGGGUGUGGCUAUUGCUGGGUUGGGGAUGUUGUAG